GGGUCAAGGGGAGGGGUCAAGGGGUCAAGGGGUCUCCUGGCCCGGGCGGGCGCCAUCCUCUCAACUCCUCCUCCUACCCCGCGGCGGGCCUCCUCUCCUCCCCCUUCUCGCGAUGGCAGCCCGGCGAGCCGCGGCAGCCGGGACCGGGUGCUCCCGUUCGGGCCCUGCCAAGAAGCGGCACGAGCCCACCGCCAGGCGAGGCCGCCCGGCCCCGCGGGCGUCGGCGGCCCCCUCAGGAGCGCGGACCGGCCACCCCUGCCCAGGCCCCGCCAAGCGGCAGACGCCUCCUGGGCAGCGCGGCCGCUCGGCCCCGCGGGCAGUGACGAAGAGGAAGGGCAUCAGCGUCAUCGCCAAGUACGUCAGGGCGGGGACUUCCAGGCAGCUCAGCAAGGGCACCCCCGGGAGCCUCGCGUUGGACAAGCAGGUCCCCAAGAGCGGGUUGGCCCCCGCCACCAGCACCACCGAGGCGCUGGAGACCCUGCUGGCGCCUCCUGGCGCGCCGGCGCCGCCAGCCCCGCCGCCGCAGGCUCAGGGCGGCGGUCCGGCGCCCCCACCCGUGACGAGGGGCCGCAAGCGGGCCUUCUCGAAAGAGAUGACGCCGAAAGCGGUGCGUGCGGCCCUGAAGAGACCUGAAGCGGCAGAGCUACCUGAGAGCACGAGGCGCCGGUACGAAGCCCUUGUACGAGGCGCCGGCUCGAAGGUCAAGCGGGCGCAGUGGUCGGUGCUGCGCGCCUACUUCGGCACGCAGAGCAAGACGGACGGCCGCCAGGCCGUGGUGGCGGCCCUGUUGGCCGCGCUGGUGCUUGCGGUGUCGGCCCGGGAACGGGUCCGAGGCACGACGGCGGGCGAGCUGAGCGGCCUCCCUGCCCCGGUCGCGCGCGUCCUAGUGGCGCGGGCACAAGGGGGGUGAACGCUGGCGCAGGCAAUUGACCGGAUGCACUGCCACAACGUGCACAUAUCGCAGGAUCGACCAUUCGAGGGACUCAUGGGGCUGCUCUCCGGCCUCCCGGCCCCUGAUGCCUUCAGGAUGAUCGCCCUCGUCGUCGCCUUCAACAGCGUGGCCUUCCUGCGCUUUCUGCAGGAGGUGGGUGGCCCACCGCCAGCAUCAGUGGAGGAGCUGGUCCGCCUGCUGCGGCGGGCGUACGACAACCGCGUCCAGCCCUUCAGCAUCCGACACCUGCCCCAGCGGGCGCUGCGGGGCCCGGUCCUCCGGGUGCUUGCCGCGCCGCACUCGGACGAGGGCGCGCGGGAGUACGCCCGCUUGUGCCUGCAGGGCGACGGCGCGUGGGUGCCGCGUGGCUUCCUCCAUGCCUCGUCCGCCCUGUUACAAUGGGUUGGGGCCGCCACGACACACGCGGCGAGGAGUCGGGAGGUAGAGCGUGGCCUCCCAGGCUACGGGGCGCUCCUGGCCAAGAACACCGUCAACUGGCUGCGCGCCGCGAAGGUGCUGCAGGUCCCUGACGGGGAGGGGCGGAUCGCCUUCAUGGCGACGCACCCCGACGGGCCGGGGAGCACGGACUUCGUGGCGGUGUUCGGCGGCACGCGCGAGGAGCUCGCGGCGGCCGCGAACGAGCUCCUCGCCCAGUCCGGCCCGGCGGCCCCGCAGCUGGACGGGGAGUCGGGGCAGUACAUGGGGUGCGCGGCGGGCCGCCUGGUGGGCUGCUUCUUGCGGGGAGGGCCAUCCCCCCGCACCUCAAGCGCAACGCUGAGGUGGAGGCAGAGGAGGCGGCCCUGUUCGCCCGGUGCCCGUGGCCGCCCGCCGGAGUGCUGGCCCAGUAGCCGGCGGCGGCGGGCGCCCCCCUGGCGGCGCGGGCGGUGGCGCCAAGAGAGCCCCGCGCCGCCGGGCGUGGGGAUCCGGC